AUGCUCCGUUAUUAUGCUGGAGUCAUAGUAUCGGAAAAACAUGGAGAAUAUUGGGUCGAACCCGUUAAAGAAAAUCAUUCAGCGGAAGGGAAAAAGCCACAUAUUAUUUUUAAAAGAGCAACCGUCGUACCUGAAAAUAAAAAAAAGAAAAAGAAAAAAAAGAAAAAACACGAAAAAAAUUGCGGGACAAGAGAACCUAGAAGAUUAAAAGAAAUGAAAUUGGAAUGGCAGGAGCAACCUGGAAAAAUGAAAGUCAAAGGAAGGGGAAGAUCAAGGAAAAACCGUUGGAGACGAUCCGUUAGCAAAGAAAGAUACGUCGAAGCUUUAAUCGUUGCCGACACGUCCAUGAUUAAAUUUCAUCAGGAUACCUACGUUGAAACGUACCUUCUCACCAUUAUGAACAUGGUUUCUGCUUUGUACCAAGAUCCGAGUAUAGGGAAUCAGGUUAACAUUGCCGUUGUCAAUGUCAUUCUCCUUGACGAAGAUGCUCAUUUGGACGGUUUGAACAUUACCGUGAACGCGGAUAAAACUCUUGAAAGUUUUUGCAAAUGGCAGGAACAACAAAAUUUCGAGGGAGACGAUCAUCCCAAUCACCACGACGUUGCCAUACUCAUAACGAGGGAAGAUAUUUGCGCUCGAAGUAAUACUCCUUGUGGAACUCUCGGUGUCGCUCACGUCGGUGGAAUGUGCGAAAAAGAAAGAAGUUGUAACGUUAACGAAGAUAAUGGUAUAACCGUCGCUCACACGAUCACUCACGAAUUGGGACACAAUUUUGGAAUGUAUCACGAUACGGAAAAAAUUGGUUGCUCCAGAAGAAACGGUACCACGCAACACGUUAUGACUCCAAGUUUCGAAGCGGACACUGUUGAAAUUGCAUGGUCUGCUUGCAGUCGAAGAGACAUAACAAAUUUUUUAGAUAAAGGUUUGGGAAAGUGCCUCGAUGACAAGCCGACUCCAGAUGAAAAUUUCGAAUAUCCGGAACUACCUCCAGGAGCCAUUUACGAUGCUAGUUUUCAGUGUCAAUUGCAAUUCGGUAGCAAAGGAAUGGAAGUUUGCACACCUCUCCCCGAAAUUUGUUCCCGAUUGUGGUGCGUCGUCGAUGGAGUGUGUACCACAAUGUUAAAACCGGCUGCUUCCGGUACCGUUUGCGGAAAGAAUAUGUGGUGCAUUAAUCAACAAUGCGUGCCGAUAAGUGAUAAGCCAGAUCCGAUAGAUGGGGGAUGGGGCGAAUGGGGAGAAUGGAGCGAAUGUAGCAGAUCAUGCGGAGCCGGAGUCGCAAUAAAAGAAAGAAAUUGCGAUUUUCCGACUCCGGCUUACGGAGGAAAAUUUUGCAUAGGAGAAAGGAAAAAAUAUAAAAUAUGUAAUACAGAGAAUUGUCCGGAUAAUACUCCGUCUUUUCGAGCCGUUCAAUGUUCAAAUUACGACGAUAAACCGUUUCACGGUAAAAAAUACAAAUGGAUUCCGUAUUUCGAUAAAGCGGAACCCUGCGAAUUGUAUUGCUCCGAUGAAAAAGACACGAUAAUCGUACCGAAGGGUGGAGCAGCUAAAGAUGGAACCCCUUGCAGAGUAGGAACGCGAGAUAUGUGCAUUGGAGGAAUUUGCAAAAAAGUCGGAUGCGACUGGAUGGUUGAUUCGGAUGCUAAAGAAGACAAAUGCGGAAUAUGUUUGGGAAACGGAGAGCAAUGCGAUACGAUAUCCGGAAUUUACAACACGAGUUCCGGUUCCGGUUACACGGAAGUUGUUAUAAUUCCCUCGGGAGCUCGAAACGUUUACGUAGAAGAAUUGAAAAGUUCAAAAAAUUAUUUGGGAAUCGGAAGUGCAACGAGUGAAAAAUUUUAUUUAAACGGAAAAUUGGAAAUAACUCUUUCCGGAGAAUACGAAAUAGCUGGAUCUAUCGGAUUGUACGAAAGAGAAAAAGAUACGGAACGGAUACACAUUCCCGGACCGUUAAAAGAAGACAUCGUCAUAUACAUAAUAUACCGGGGAAAAUUUAAAAACAUGGGAAUCACAUAUAAUUACACGAUAUCAAAACCCACGGCGGCAACCGAACGAGAAUACGAAUGGUAUUUUUCCGAAUGGUCAUCGUGUUCCGUAUCCUGCGGUAGCGGUCAUCAAAUGUCAUUUCCGGUUUGCAAAGAAAGAACUUUCGGAAUAGUAGACGAUGGAAAAUGCGAAAAGGAUAAAAAACCGGAUAAGAAAAUGAGAGUUUGCAACACUCAACAUUGUCCGACGAGGUGGUGGACGGGUCCGUGGCAACUAUGUCCGGCAACGUGCGGUGAAUAUCCAAAAAUAUUACGUAAAAGAACGGUUUUGUGCAUAGAACAAAUCGAUCAAGAGCCCUUGGUUUACACUCAACCUCCGAAUUUACGUCACCACGGCGGAAUCGAAUAUUUAGAAUCGGAAACGAGAAAUAAAAAAUCACUCAAACAAUAUUUAGAAGAAGAAGAAGAAGAACAGCAACAAUUCAAAAAAGAUGACAAAACGUUUAUGAAAGAGUUUUUGGAAGAGGAAAUAAUGGCUUUGCCGGAUGUGCAGUGCAAGGGACAGGAAAAACCGUACGAACAAGAGCCCUGUCCGAAUCUUCCCCCAUGCGGAUCCCCGGAAAAAAACAGUUUAAAAUCCGACGGGGGACCGGCAUCAUCCGUUCGUUUCGAAAACGGUUUCACCGAAUCCGAAAUCAAUUGCACGGAAUUGUCAUCGGACAACGCGAGUCGAAACGCGACGAAUUGCGAAUGGUUGAAAACGUUAGAGAAAAAGGGUAAAAAAAUAAGACACGAAUUGAGAAAAAGUAACGAAACGUUAAAAAUAAUAUACGGCAAUGUAAACAACAACAACAACAACAACCGUGACGUCAGCAGGAAAACAUUCAACAACAGGAGAAAUAAAAAAAUCAAAAAGAAAAAAAAAGACAAAACGAAAAAAAAUUUUAGGGGAACCGGAGAUGUGGAAGAAUUAUCAUCAUCAUCAUCAUCAUCAUCCAUAUCGAAUUUUAAAAUCCGUAACAACAAAUCGAAUUCAAACGAUUACGACGAAUCGAUCGAUAAUAAAUCGACGGCAAAAACGAUUCCUAUAACAAAUUAUCUAUAUUAUAAAUCUCAAAGGAAAAAUCGGCGGCAAACGUUUACACAACCGUAG